UUGUGGACGAAUAUGAACUCCAUUCCCACUCACGCGGUUGAUAAGCAAACUCGAAUCUUCAUACACGAAAUCCUAAACCCUUUGCCAAGAACACUGAUCUGAAUCAUUCGUUGUGAAUUCAUGCUCCAUUUCGCUAAAUUCCGUUCCAAUUCCUACCGUCGCUUAUUAUUCCACCGACUUAAAAUUCCCAUUUUUGUGAUUGCCCUUUUUUCUCAUGGAUUAUUCAAUUGUUCCCAUUUGCAGAGAUUCGGGCACUUUUUUCCCGGACUAUAUGUAGGUGAAUGCGAGAACGUGUAUGGUUGGUGCUGCGAUCAGGUUUAUUCAGAAACCGGGAACUUUGUUUGAUCAGUUUCAAUUUUUUGGAGAUAAAUCAUGGGCCACUCGAGAAAUGAAUUCCAUCAAAAUAAUCAGCAGAGUGAUCCUGCUGCAGCAAUACGCAAUGGGAAAGAAGUUAUAUUGCAGGCCUUCAAUUGGGAAUCUCAUAAACAUGAUUGGUGGAGGAACUUGGAGAAAAAGGUUCCCGAUAUUGCCAAGUCUGGUUUUACAUCAGCUUGGUUGCCCCCGCCCACAAACUCUUUUGCACCAGAAGGAUAUUUGCCACAGAACCUUUACUCCCUUAAUUCUUCAUAUGGUUCUGAGCAUCUGUUGAAAGCUUUACUGAACAAGAUGAAAACAUACAAAGUCAGAGCAAUGGCGGAUAUAGUCAUAAACCAUCGAGUUGGAACCACCAAAGGGCAUGGUGGAAUGUACAAUCGUUAUGAUGGAAUUCCAUUGCCAUGGGAUGAGCAUGCAGUUACGUCUGAUACUGGGGGAUGGGGGAAUAAAAGUACUGGUGACAACUUCAAUGGAGUCCCAAAUAUUGAUCAUACACAACAGUUUGUCCGAAAAGACAUAACCAACUGGCUUCGAUGGUUGCGCAAUGAUGUUGGUUUCCAGGAUUUCCGCUUUGACUUUGCUCGAGGUUAUUCUCCAAAAUAUGUGAAAGAAUACAUUGAGAAUGCAAAACCAAUAUUUUCUGUUGGGGAAUAUUGGGAUUCUUGCAACUACAAAGGGAGCUACUUGGAGUACAACCAAGACAGUCACAGGCAAAGAAUUAUUGACUGGAUCGAUGGCACAGGACAACUAUCAGCUGCAUUUGAUUUCACAACAAAGGGAAUUCUGCAGGAAGCUGUUAAAGGACAACUCUGGCGACUGCGUGAUGCUCACGGGAAGCCACCGGGUGUUAUGGGGUGGUGGCCUUCAAGGGCUGUUACAUUUCUUGAUAACCACGACACCGGAUCAACUCAGGCACAUUGGCCAUUUCCAUCACACCAUGUUAUGGAGGGAUAUGCCUACAUACUCACACAUCCAGGAGUACCUUCCGUAUUCUACGACCAUCUCUACGACUGGGGCAAUUCAUUUCAUGACGAAAUUGUUAAGCUGAUCGAUGUUAGGAGACAACAAGGACUUCACAGCCGGUCAUCGAUCACCAUCCUGGAAGCACAACCGAAUCUGUACGCUGCAAACAUUGGAGACAAAGUAUCGAUGAAGAUUGGCGAUGGUUCGUGGUGCCCCUCCGGGAAGGAGUGGGCAUUGGUGACGAGCGGACAUCAGUAUGCCGUCUGGAAGAAAUAGGUUACAACAAAAUAGACUGCUUAUAAAGGUACUGCGUUUGCAAACCAUAUAAAUAAAUGGCUUCGUCUCUACUUGAGAUAUAUAUAUAUAUAUGUAUGUAUAUGUAUUGCUCUUAUGUUAUUGUUAGUUGGAAUUAGUGUAUUGUGAUAAGGUCCCUAUUGACCAUUCCAGAUAUCAAUAUAUUGGGGUGUGUUUGGUUGA